CAUGCGGUACCCAAACGAUCAACAGCAUUGUCGAUCGACAGUCCGUACUAGGAACUUCUUACUACGGUCGUGCGAUAACGAUUUAGUGUGUUUCUAUCUGAGUCUUAGUGGUUCGUGUUUCACGUUACUAGAAGACAACGAAGUCGUUCCAAACACCGAGAAAAAUGAAUUCCAGUCUAUUGUUAUUCGCAGCAGCCGUCGUGGCAGUGGUCAGUGGAAGUGCCGUGUACCCAGUGCACCACGCACCGGUCACCACCCAAUACCACUCUCAAGACGAAUUGGGCCAAUACGCUUACGGAUACUCCGGCGGCCCAUCGUCCAAGCACGAACAGCGCACCGCUGACGGCGUGACCAGCGGCGGUUACUCGUACGUGGACGCCAACGGCCUUGUCCAGUCCUUGGCCUACGUGUCCGACCCGGUCAACGGUUUCCGCGUCAGCGGCACCAACCUGCCGACCGACUCCAACACCGUGCACGCCGCCGCCGCCGUGCCGGUCGUCCACCGCGCCGCCGUGCCGGUCGUCCACCACGCCGCCGUGCCGGUGCACCACUGGGCGCCACAGCCUGCCGAGCCGAUCGUCGUCAAGAGCCCGUCGUACCUCGUGCCCGCCGCUCACCCACUUCUCAAGCUCGCCCAGCCCCUGACGCCCGCCGGCACAGUGAACGUGCACUACCCCGAGCACGCCGUCGUCUUGGCCGCCCGCAAGAAGCGCAGUGCCGGACUCUACUCGCACCCACUCGUUUCCGGUUACUCCGCCGCUCCCGCCCACAUCGUCACCGUCAAGCACACCGAAUACGCCGCCCCACCCGCCCCGGUCGUCCACCACUUGGCAGCCCCGGCCCCGUACUACCUGGCCGCCGCCCCAGCACCGGCCCCGGUCGCCACUUCCUACACCAGCGUCGUCCGCCACCACGAACCGGCCCUAGCGCCCGCACCGGUGCUCGCUUACGCCGCAGCCCCGGCCCCGCACGUCGUCGCCGCCCCGGCCCCGCACGUCUACGCCGCCGCCCCCGUCCCACACGUGUACGCCGCCGCCCCAGCCGUAGCAGUGGCACCGGCCAAGAGCCAGUUCCACUCGCAAGACGAACACGGCCAGUACACUUACGGUUACACCGACGGCGCUUCCGCCAAGACUGAGACCCGUUACGCCGACGGCGAGACCCGGGGAAGCUACUCGUACGUGGACGACCAAGGAUCCGUCCAGGCCGUCCACUACUCCGCCGGCGCCGACGGUUUCAAAGCCGCGGGCACCAACAUUCCGGUUCACCACGUCUGAGGAUCGAACACUGCCCGACACUCCCGCGCCGCUGAUCGAGUAAAAUUACCUACCUGCAAUGUACACUACAUCAUGCAUAUAUAGUCUUCCCUUCUUUUUUCUAUAAAUAAUAUUAAAUAUAAAUAAUAAAUUUCAUUUUUUUUUAUAUGUA